ACGGUUUAAUCAUCAACCAUCACUCACAAUCUCUCUCUCUCUUUCUCUUUCACAAAGUCAAGAAUUAAGAAUCAAGAAUCAAGAUCACCACUCAAUCCUCCAAGAUGACAUUUAGCAGUGUUCACCAACAAGUCAUUGCAUUUCCUGCCAUCAAGACUUCUCCGGCGGGUUACUUGCCUGAUCCAGCUUCCAUCAACAAGCUCCAAAUCCCAACUUCUUCAAAGUUUUCUUUCCUAACAGGCAAAGGAAAAUCGAUGCUACGAAAGAAGAAAACCGAUAGCUUCACAAACGGAGCUAGAGAUCAGAGCAAGUUAGGACCAAAACUAACCGAAACAGUCAAGAGAAAGUUAUCCUUGGGAGCUAGGAUCCUUCAAAUGGGAGGCUUAGAGAAGAUCUAUAAGCGACUCUUUAAGGUCUGCGAUGAGGAGAAACUCUUCAAGACGUACCAAUGUUACUUAUCAACAACCGCAGGUCCCAUCGCGGGCCUACUCUUCAUCUCAUCAAAGAAGAUUGCUUUUUGUAGCGAGAGAUCGAUAAAGGUGGCUUCUCCUCAAGGAGAUCUCACUAGGGUUCAUUACAAAGUCUCAAUCCCCUUGUGCAAGAUCAAUGGAGUGAACCAGAGUCAGAACGCAAAGAAGCCAUCUCAGAAGUACCUUGAAGUAGUUACGGUCGACGGCUUUGACUUCUGGUUCAUGGGAUUCUUGAGCUACCAAAAAGCUUUCAACAGCCUCGAGCAAGUGCUUUCUCUUAGCUUCGAACAAUGAUAAGCCAAUAUAUAUUGCUUCCAUUGAGGAGCUAAUUAGUGCGGGUUAAAGAGGAAAUAAUUCAUUUCACUUUAACCUGCUUCAAUCAGAUUAUGUUAGGAGAAACCAUUGACAAUAUUGUACAAACUCAUUUUAUAUCGCUUUUGUUCUUCAUCGUAAACAUGAGCAAGAGAUUUGAAUAUAUUUAGUUGAUCUCA